AUGACGAAUACGACUUCAAGCUCUUGCACUAACGGAGACAGUGCACCAACAUUCGCAAGUCGCUCAACUAUGACGAAUACGACGUCAAGCUCUUGCACUAACAGAGACAGUGCAGCAACAUAUGCAAGUCGCUCAUCUAUGACGAGCCGACUUCUCAAUUUUGAAAAUCUUCCGGAACCAAGAAACCAGGAACAUAAUCCAACGAUCAAAUUUGAAAAUAGUCAACGAAUAUGA